CGUUCAUUCAUUCAACUUCAAAUUAGUGAUAACAUGGCGGUGACUCCUUUUACCAAAUUGUUGCAUCCCUUCUUAUUUUGACUUGUUUACCAACACUGGGUUUUUAUUUCUUUGUUCUAGCAGUUUUUAUGAUACCAGUAGUUUUUAUUCAUCUCAAUAAGUCAUCAAGAUGCCGCACAUACCUUCAACGCAGGAGUUAGAUGCACGUUUCUCAGUUUUUCUAAACCCAAUCCGUGACCUGACAAAAAACUGGGAAGUGGAUAUUGCCAAGUAUUUAGAGGAGUAUCUUGAGGAACUAGCUGAAGUACAAAUUACCUUUGAUGGAGGGGAAACUCUAAUGAAUUUUGCUGAGGCAGCCAUGUUAAUUCAGGGCUCAGCAACAGUAUACAGCAAAAAGGUUGAGUUUUUAUGGCAGAUGGUCCUGCAGAUGCUGGAUUUGCUCUCCAGUAGACGUAAUAUAGAAGGUGUUGGAGACAGGACAGGUAAAGAGAGUGGAGUAGGAUCAAAAGUUCUUGAUCAGUCCCUGGAAUUUCACUGUGUUGAUAAUAUUGGACAAGGAAGGAACAUUGAUUUAAAGGAAGAUGAAGAAGAGGAAGAGGAACUAGAAGAUUUAAAAAGAAAAGGCUUCAAGUUUUUACCAGCAACUCCACUACAUUUGGUAGAAAAAGAUGGAGAAAAGUCUGAACAUCGUGUUUCAUUGCUGAUGAAAAAUGGCGAGAUGUUUGGGGCAAAAGAUGACUUUAGAAUCAACAGGUCAUACUUGACACCCAUGGGAAUGUUGUGCAUGGAAGUGCCAUCAGAAAUUUUACGUGACACUGCCCUGAGGCUCCUGAAUUCGCCAGUUCUUAUAGAGGAAACCGAAGCUGCACCUGCUUCUCUUGAGCCUCCACCAGUUGAGGCACCUCCUCAAGAUGUACCUGAUGAAAUAAUUGAUAAUAAUGAUGGUGAUGGUGCAGCUGAUCUUCUAGAUGACUUUGAGCCAGCAACUGAUUACCAGCAGCCAAUGAAUGUAGAGGAGAAUAAAGAGAAGGCUGAUAUAGAGAAAGAUGAACUCAAAAAUAACAACAACCUCACUGUCAUUGACCUCCCUAAUGGACGUUAUGGACUGAGAAAGAGAGGAGGGCCUGAGAAAGAAGUGGUCGCCAAACUGAAGUUGACUGAUUCAUGGAAGCCACUAGAUCCUCACGCACAAACUCCUGCUGCGAGACCAGUAAGGGCUGGCCGACUCCGUAAACCACCUCCAUGUAACUGUCACCGCCAGUUACAAAAUGCACCUAGAAGAACAAGUGUCAAAAAAGGUAAAGGUAAUGAAUCUAAGAAAUCUCUUCCGUCCGUGGAAUCUUACAUUACUGGGGAGCUCGCUGGAGUAAUAGGUUCAACCACUAAAAAAUGCACAGUUCCUCCAGAACUCUUGGAGGAAGUCAAUAAGGAAGUAACUAAAAGGCUUGAGCUUAAUAAGUGCAAACGAGUGAAUGAGUUGCUGAAAGAAGGAGGCACAUGUGAUGUGGAGGAGGCUUUGCAGAAAGUGACAGAAGAUGCAGAACUUGAAGAAAGAGUCGAUAAUGCACUAGAUGAUCCCCUGGAUUGUGAUGGGGCUGUGGAUUUGGAUGGUGAUGAACUGCCAGCCCCACCUAUAUUCCUUCCUGAUCCGCAUGAUACUACAAAAGAGCCUGAGUGUGUCACCAGGAGGCUUGGAGACAGCAGUUUUGAUGAACCCAUCAGUGAUUAUGAAGCUUUAGUGCAGAAAUGGGUAGCUGAUUAUAUUACUAAUGCUCAGGAACAUGUUAACUGUUCUUCCCUUGUGAAACGUGUGAACAAAUGGAGGGAGACUGUUAUGCCAAAAUUGAUUGAAGAAGAACAGAAAAGAGAGUUCGAUAUUCACAGAUAUGGUACUCGCUAAUACAUACAACAUAGAAUUGAGUGAAGCAGAACCAGGGGACUUGGCCAUGGACUGUCUUGAAUUAACACUUCUCUCUCGAGUGCGUCACCAUGAAGAGCUGGAAGAUUAUUCAGCACCCUCUCAAGCUUCCCCUCCUUCACGAAAGGGUCGCACCAAACCGAGGCCUCGACCACAUACCCCACCUGAUGAACCUGGGGUCUAUUCUGGGAAACCUCCACCCAUCUGUGCUGACAUAACACAAAUUACAUUAGCAGCUAAUAAUGUGCAACACACAUCUGACAAGCAUACAAAAGGUAGAAUUAGGAGUAAAAGAUGACCAAGAUGAUUGAAAUUGUAUUUUAAGGUCUUUUACUUAGUGAGCUACAGUGCCUUAGUUGUAGGCCAUACUCGGAGUUGUAUUUUUAUAUUGGAUAUAUUUCUUAUUGUCUCCAUGGGGAAGUGGAACAGAAUUCUUCCUCCGUAAGCCAUGCGUGUUGUAAGAGGCGACUAAAAUGCCGGGAGCAAGGGGCUAGUAACCUCUUCUCCUGUAUAUAUUACUAAAUGUAAAAGGAGAAACUUUCGUUUUUCCUUUUGGGCCACCCCGCCUCGGUGGGAUACGGCCGGUGUGUUGAAAGAAGAUUUCUUAUUGUGGAAUAAAAUGUCAUUCUUGCUUAAGUACAGUAAAAUUUAAGUAUUAUACACUUAGGGAUCUCAUUACAAACCAAAUAUGGUGAACCACAGGAAAUACCAGAAGUUCAGUACAUUUUAAAUGCACUAAUGAAAUCAUACAGUACAAGAAAUUAGUAAAACAGUGUUUUGAUAAAAAACAAUCAAAUAGUGUAUCCUAUAUUCUGAAUGUAUGCACCAGUAUAUAUACUGUAUGUAGUUUGGAAUACAGAUACAGCAAUGGCUAUGGCAGCAGUUUUAUUUGAAAACAAGCCCUGGCAAUAAAAAUGUUUUAAUUUGAAGGCUAGAGGCAGCAGAGAUGCCAUGUUUGAAAGCAUUGUGUGAUGUGAAUAUCAUGCAGAGAAUUCAGUGUAGAAAUGAAAAGGCAAUGUGGGGGCACUAAGGGUAUAGUUAAGAGGGCUGAAGAAGGGUUGUCAAGGUGGUUCAAGGAUGGGGAGGGACAUAUUGAGAAAGAUAUGGGUUGUCCCAGGAAUGAUUGGAGGGAGCGGGUAAAAGAGGCUUUGAGUUGUAGGACCUUGAACAUCCAACAGGCUUAUGAGAGCAUGUUGGAUAGGCACAAAUGGAAAUGAGUGAGUUCUAAUGGAUAUGCUGUUGGAAUAUGAGCAAGGUAGCCUUUAUGAAUGGAUUCAGGGGAAACCAGUUCAAGACAAGUCCUGGAAGUGGGAAGAGCAGUGCCUGCACUCUGAAGGAGGAGUGGGGAUGUUGCAGUCAGCAGGUAAUCUGAUUGUGAUGUCAGCACACUUCUGGAAAGACAGCAGUUGAAUGAAUGAUGGUGAAUGUGUUUUCAUCAUUGAGUCAAUCUGCCUUGGCAGAAGAUGGCUGUUGAGUUAAAAAAAAAAAAUUCUUUGGGUUGUAAAUGAUAUGGGUGAUAUCACCAAGCUGUGGAUAACAACACUUAGGUACAGAUCAGGACAUAUUACAGGUAAUGUUUUGUUACAAGUGUGUUGUAUAAUAAUAAUUGAUUACAAAUACCCAGAAUAAUUUUUACAAUAUCACUUAUGAAGUUCCGUGCAUGAGCAACAUUUUACACAGCUUAAAGAUAAAAAAUUUUUUUAGUAAUAUGUAUAUAGACACGAGUUACACUGUAUUACCUGAUAUUUGUAAAUAAACUUACACUGGUUGGCCAUCACUAAUCCAUCAAUCAGUAAUCUGGUUCAUCAGUAAUCCGGCACUAAUUUUUGGCUAGCAUAAUUUCAAAUUUCCAGGGUCGCCACAACUACCUGCCACUGCUAUUGGGUGGCACUACUUGCCGCAUAAGUCAUUCCAAUUUCUUUUUCUCCAUUUAUUUUUAUAACCUGCUCACUUUUAGCCCUAGCCAUGGUUCCAACGAAUAAAACAAAUGAUUCUCAUUGUGUAAAGCACAUACACCUUACUUUGUCCAAAAAAGAUAAGGUGGCUUUGAAGCCACUGUCGAUUGCAACUUUGCUGUGUAUUUUUGUAUGGUUUUUAUGGUUGUAUUCUCAUUUUUUGGGUCUCAUUGAUAGAAUGGAAGAUAUAUUACAGAAAUAGAUAUAAUUUUGAUUGGUUACACAAUGGAAAGUACCUUGUUAUGAAUGGUUUUGAAAACCGACAAGUUGAAGAAUUGAGACACUUAUGCAACAUAUGGGAAUCUUUAUUGAAGAAAUGUUUCGCCACACAGUGGCUUCAUCAGUCCAGUGCAAAGUAGAAAUGGGUAAGGAGAGGAGGAGUUUGAGGUAAUCAGUCCCUCGACCUGGAAUCGAUGUGUUCAGUCCAUCACUCUUGUAGGAAGUACAGCAUGGGGCCAGAGAGGUGGCUUAUAUACUGUCAGAUGAGUCGAAGCAGGAGACGGGAUCACAGUGGGACCUGCCACUAGUGUAAGUAGGUCUUCGUCCAAAGGUUGGACAAGCUUUGAAGUCUUUGUACCAAGAUACCAUGAUGUUGCAGUGUCUGACAGAUGUGAUGAAUGGUUUUGAAAACCGACAAGUUGAAAUUGAGCUCAAAGUAGUGGAAAUGUUUGAUUUUUGCCAACGUUCAAGAGUAAACGAUACGUGUCCAACUGGCAGGUCUAAUACAGUCACAAAUGGGUUGACAUUAUUUAUACAAUUAUUAUGAUAAUGCAGUAGUCUGUAUAACACUAAAUCUUCUGCUUUUUGUGUGAAUAAAAAUUCAAAAUGGAAAGCAAGUGUAAUAUAAGAGGGGCCUGGAGAUGUGACUAAUGAACAGAGAAAAUGUUAUUUUAGUGCCAGGAAUGUCUGCAUUGUUUAUUCUGGACCCUAUUUUGAAAUUUGUGUGAAAUUAGCCAAAUUACCAAUUUCUGACCACUUUAUUGGGUAGUUGAAAUAGGUAAAUGGGCAGUUUCUUGUACUCAAUUGACAAAAUAGAAGGAAUACUAAUGAAAUAGCUAUGAGUUUGGUAGACUGGAACAAUGGAAUGGACCAAAAAUAGGGCAUAAAGCGGGUGAAAUUGCCAGUGCGUAAAUAUUGCUGAUCGGUUGAAAUGUAUUCUAACCUAACCACUCUGUAAUCCGUCAAAAUCAUUAAUCCAGCACCCUACAGGUCCUGAUGAUGCCGAAUUAGUGAUGGUCAACCUGUAAUAGAAACUGAUAUAUGUAAAUAAAAUAAGAACAACAUUAGCAUAUUUACUUAACCCUUAAACUGGGCUCAAUAAAAAUAUACUGCUGUGCAGUCAACUCAGCAAAGCAUAAAUUUACACACAAAUCUUAGCAGGUUAAAUCAAAAUACCAAGUAACGAUUUAUAUUGGUUCAGCAUCUUUGCAUUUGUGUGCCAGGUUUAUAUUUAGCCAUAAAGUCUCAUGGUAAGACAGAACAGAUGUUCAAUAUCUGGGAGCCACAGUGUGAACAUUAUUGGGAUGAAUAAAACAAUCAUGUUAUACUGUAUAUGAUGCAUAUUCCAAAUCAUAUUUUUAUAUAAAAAGUAAAUUAUACACAACUGAAAUGCAUGUAAAUAUACUAUAUUCAUGUUUGCUGCUUACUGAGUACUGUGGCCCCCCACAGUUAUGGUGUAUUGUUCAGAUAGAGCAAAUAAAAUAUAUAUUUCAUAGUACUAUUCAUCUAUCAAUACCAUGAGCUCUUUGACUGGCAAGUAUUACAUUUUCUUUGUUUCACAAACUACCACAGUGAAACAUCAAAUGAUAAAACAUGAGUUGUGCAUAAAUACAUAUUUAGACAUACAGUAAACCCUUGAUAAAACAGACUAAUAGAAAGAAAGGAUUGUCCAAGUAUCCUUUCGAUCAAAAUACAACCUCUCUUCACUUAGCGACGUACUCGUUUACCGACUCCUCGGACUUGCAACAGUCUCUCUGACCAGUAUUCAUACUUAAAUAAUGUAUAUUAGGGCUGAUUUCCUCUUAUUCUGUUUAUUUCAGUAUACAGUACAUUACUGUAUAAACAUUUAAAAAUAUACCAGAAAUGUUAUAAAUGGUGCAAGGGUGACAUUAAAACAAUAUGAAAGAUGGUUGACACACUCACUACCUUUAUAGUAUGCUCCUCACUUAGUGACGAAUUCGUUUAACAAUGUGAUCUUAGGAACGGAACUCCGUCGUUAAGUGAGAAGAGGCUGUAAUGUUAAAUCAGAAUAACAAUAAAAAUAAAAUGCACUAAGGCACUCUACACCUAAUAGUGUACACAGUUUACAGAUACAGUGUACUGCAAUAAACACUGAAAAUAAGGAAGAUAAAUGUACAAUUUUACCAAUGAAUUUUGCCCAUAAAUUUAAAAGUUCUAGGUAGUAGGUUGGUAGACAGCAAUUGCCCAGGGAGGUACUACCAUCCUGCCAAGUGAGUGUAAAAUGGAAGCCUGUACUUGUUAGAGUGUUCAGCAGAAGUGUGUGGUUACAGGAAAGUGGGUGUGGAAGGGAAGAGGAGCGAUUGGUGGAAUGAUGAUGUAAAGAGAGUAGUAAGGGAGAAAAAGUUAGCAUAUGAGAAGUUUUUACAAAGUAGAAGUGAUGCAAGGAGGGAAGAAUAUAUGGAGAAAAAGAGAGUGGUGAAGCAAUGUAAAAAGAGAGCAAAUGAGAGAGUGGGUGAGAUGUUAUCAACAAAUUUUGUUGAAAAUAAGAAAAAGUUUUGGAGUGAGAUUAACAAGUUAAGGAAGCCUAGAGAACAAAUGGAUUUGUCAGUUAAA